AUGGAUCGGGCAUUUGCAAUUUGGAACACAGUUUCCCCAUGUGGCGACAAAGCCUUCGCCGAAUUCGAUUUGAUUCUUGUGCUUCUUGGAAAAUUCGAAGAAAAUCCUGACGCUGUUGCAGCAGUGGAUCGCAUCGUUCUGGGCUUCCGCGAAGGAAAUGAGCCAUGGCACAGGUGUUUCCGGGCAGUGCACGUCAAGGCCGCAAACUUGACGGCCCACGAGGAUGUGUAUGACUCGCGUGGUUAUACCGUGCGCAAGGAUUGGGUCAAUGGCCCGAACAAGGUUUUCAGCUACGUUUUGCGAAGUUUUCUGGAGAGCAGGUUCUCCCCAGCUGAUUAUGCUGCAUUCUAUUUCAUGGAGUUUGAUUCGGUCCCCUUGCGAAGCAUGUGGCUGGAUCAGCUUUAUGCGGAGGUUGUGGUGUAUCCCCGAGCUGCCAUUCGGGGCAGCCGCUAUCGCGGUGAUUCAUGGGAUCCUUUUUUGGCUGAAAUCCCGACCGAGCUGCUGCAGCACAUAAAUGGCAAUGCCAUCUACUUCAAGCAUCCGUGGCUGCAGUUUUUGGCAGACCAGCUGGAGGAGGAUGCGGCUUCAGACAAUAGCAGUAUUGCAUUUGACGUCCGCAUGGCAGCAUUGACUCUGCAAGCCUCUCGGGAAGCUGCAGAGAACGACACAACUUUGUUGGCUGAAGCGUGGAAGCAACACGUCCCAGAAGGAGAGCAGCCUUAUCGAGAUGAUUCCUUGCUGGUCGGGAACUAUGCCAACACAUUGCUGAACAACAGCUUUGACUCUGGAGAAUUUGUGCGUCAUGCGUCCUUGAACAACGUGCUUCACAACAUCGAAACGUCACAACUUACCUUGGUUGUGGUGGCAUAUGAUGAUUGGAGUCAGUCCCUUCUUUUGAAAAGCCUAAAGGAGGAACAUCACCCUUUCCGAAAUGUCUUGGUCCUUUCGGAUGUAGAAGGUGCGAUGGAAAUCGAGACUCCCAGAGGUCCGACGCGGUUGCAAGAAACGGCUUGGGCAGGAGCUCCCGAAACCUCGCUUUGCGAUGCUGCGUUGGCCGUCACCACGACAAGCUUCGUGCUUACGGACACAUACCAUUUCAUCGCAGGCCCUGUUCAGAUUUUGGCAAAUGAAGAUGGCCAUCCCGUGUUGCCAUACAUUCCGGCUUCGUCCAACUACUGCACGGGCUCUCGGGAAUGCUCCUCUGCUUUGGACCAGGCCGAAGCCUUUUUUGGUGUGGAGCUGCUCUACCACCACGACACCUUUGAAACCGUCUUUUUCACCGAUGAUGUUCGAGCUUUUUGCGAGACGUGGGGCGUUGCAGCCGACGCUCUGGGAAGCUAUGAAAACUGCGACUACCUGCUCGGCCCAACGGCUGAUGACUACAUAGCCUGGUUGAUCUCCAUGAGCAGGCCUUUCAGAUAUGUGCCCAAGAACAAGGAGCGAGUGGGCUGGAGGCCAUGGACCACCUUAUGGACACCACCUCCACCAGACCCACGAGAUUGCGGCCUGUAUGGAGAGACUGAGUAUGCCGCCCAAUUGGCAAGCAUUAGUGAGUGCAGCCUGCUUAUCAAUGUCAGUGCAUGUGAGUCCAGUCCGAAUUGUACCUUCCGACCUCUUUUUGAGUCUGGCAAGUGCAUUCAGACUUGGGAGUUUGCAUUGUUGCCGAAGCCUCCUCGUCCAGUUCCUUUGACGUCCACAACCUGGCAGUUUGGGAAGUCAACAACAUUCACACAUACAGAUACUACCACGUCCACAUCCACGCGGACCUCUACUACUGUGACAACGUCACGGACGAUAUCGACAACCUUGCACACUCCUUCUCAGACACACACGCUUGGAGUGGGAACGUGCCAAGUCCCGGACAUCGCAGAUGUCGGAGAUUGCUACUCAUUGCUUCCGGGAGAAACUUGCCAAGUGCCUUGCCCUGCGGGCUAUCAGGGUACACCUUCCCAGUAUAUCUGCCAAGCCAAUCUCACAUUAUCUGGCGAGGAGCCGGAAUGCAUCAGGACAACUACUCCAAGUACGGCAGACGAUGGCAGUCCAUGCUCAGCAGGUCUUCCAAUCAGUGCUGGUACUGACGUCAGCGACUGUCUCGGUAUAAUUGCAGGGGCGACGUGUACAGCACGCUGCGCUGGCAGUUUUUCUGGUCUUCCGGUGCAGUAUUACUGCACUGCAGAUGGGACUUUUCAACCAGUUUCUGCUACUCUGGCAUGCCAGGAGAGGUUUUGCAGCACUUCGCAGCUUCCGAGCGGCUUCGACACAGCAUCGUGUGCACUGGCAUCUGUUGGCGAGGCGUGCUUUGUGAGAUGUCCCUUUGGGUAUCUUCCAGCUGAAUCCUUGUAUGUGUGUGCAGCGGAUGGCUCAUUUCUAGGCUUUGAACCAACUUGCGAACUGGCAGACUGCAGCCUGAGUUUGGCGAGCAAGGCAACCGAUGGCAGCAGGAACUUCUCCGACUGUUCUGGUAUCAGGGCGAUGAGCGCGUGCACCGUUCCAUGCGCAUAUGGUUUCCAAGGGGAUGCAUCAACAUAUUCUUGCCUACCAGAUGGCACCCUACAAGGAUCGGAAUCCAACUCCCUCUGCGCACGGAGGACAUGCAGCAUCCCUGAUGCUUUCAUGGACCCGAGCUUUGGAUUUGGAAGAGCUUGUUUUGGAAUCCGCCACGGUGAAGCCUGCCUGGCUGCGUGCAAUGCCGGCUUUUCUGGGUUGUCUGAGCCCUUUGUGUGUGACAAUGGCUCUUUGCAUGGAUCAGUUCCAAAGUGCACUGGCUUCGUAUGUUCUCUGGAAGGUGUGUGGCUAGAAGAAGGCAUGAAUGCCAGCGACUGCGUGGGGAAGAGCACCCUGGAGACAUGCUCGAUACAGUGUCGGCGUGGAUAUUCGAGACAUGGCAGUCCAGAGAUGACUUGCCAAGCUGACGGAAGGUUCACACAGCACGAAGUGAGAUGCCUUCCAAAAGCUUGUGGAGAUUUGUCUGCGGUGCCUUCAUUCAGUGCUGCUUCAAUCGGAAGCUCCUGUGCCGGGCUUGGCUUUGGUGAGAUUUGUUCUGCAUUCUGCCAAGAGGGCUUUGACUUGCAAGGAAAUGCAACCGUCUUGGUCUGUGACGAUGCACCAAGUUCUAGUGCCGGUUUCUCAGUGUACUUUGAAAGUAACGCUAGCUACCUGCACGCCAUUGAAGCUGACGGUCCACUGUGUCAAGCACGGCCUUGCACAGCCAACCUGCCAAAUCUUCAAGGGCUUCUGCAUGACUGCGAAGGAAAAAGAACUGCUGAGACAUGUAUUGUGGAGGCUGCUGCAGGCUACCACUUCUCUGCGGAGCUGGCAAUGCCUGUGACGCUCACUUGCCAACCGAACGGCAGUUUUACGGGUGACAUACCUCCGAUCGUGUCAGAUAGCUGUUCCGAAACACAGUUUGGGACUGGUGUCGGCAGCACUUGCACAAAUAUUCCAGUGGAUGCUGGAUGCUGGGCUUAUUGUGAGAGCGGAUGGUCUGGUCUACCCAGAGAGUACCAUUGCCGCCUGAACCCUGCUGCAGAUGUUUUGGAACUUCAAGCCGUUCAGGGGGAAAUCAACUGCACUUCGACCGUCCGACGCUUGGACGUGUCAGAUCCUGGAACAUGCAAUGAUCUCAAUGAGCUUGCGGCCACAGCCGGGUUCCUGCCGCAUUUCAAGCAUUCCUGCAACGAGAUGAUGCAUGGAGAUGUAUGUGUUGUUCACUGCCGCGAAGGCUGGGAGAUGGUAGAGCUGCAGCCGACUCUGAUCACUUGUGAGAACUCUUCUUUGAUUGGAGGACCUCUACCGCGAUGCCUUCCAAAGCGUUGCAGCUUUGCUUUUCCGAACACUUUGGGCAUCAGAUCCAAUUGCAGUGAAGCGGUGACGGGCGAGUACUGCCUCGCCACCUGCGAAGAGGGGUACUUCUCCACACUGGAAGAAGGAGGAGGAGAUGGCGGAGAUGGAACAGAGGGAGAAGAUAUUGGGCUCUUCCUGUGCACGGCAGCGGGCUCCUUCCACGGCAGAAGUCCGGAUUGCAGGCGUCAGUCUUGUGCUGACCUCGAGUUGCAAACUACCUUUCAGCACAACUGCCACGACAAGGUCGUCGGAGAGACCUGCGUUGUGACCUGCGCAGCAGGCUUCUACUUUGGUGGCUGGGGCGCACUAUUUACCUGCGAUGCCGGUGGAUCUUUUCGCGGGGAGUUACCUUUUUGUCAACCUGCUACCUGCGAAACGCUGUCAGAUGAUGCAACCCUCGUCUCCAAAUGCUCUUCUGCAGCGACGGGUGAGAGCUGCAAUAUAGCAUGCAGGCCAGGAUUCUAUCAGAAUUCAUCAGCUCUGACGUGUGACGUCACCGGGAAUUUGGUGGGGCAGCUUCCAAUUUGUCGACCGAAGACGUGCGCAGCAGACCCAGUAUUGUUCAGCACCAUGUACGACCACAACUGUGUGGCUCUUCCUGUCGGCCGGUCAUGUAGUGUAGUUUGUGCCGGCGGUUAUGAAUCGGAUGAAGGUGAACAAGGUGAGCAGUGGCAAUGCGCACUCAAUGAUGCAAAUCAGUCUGAAGAUUCUGAACUGGUGCUCACUGGAAGACUUCCAAGCUGUCGUCCUGCGGCCUGUCAUUCCGGCUAUCCACUUCAAACCGCCGCUGCAAGAAACAACUGCACCCAGAUGCUUACUGGUCAGAUUUGUGUACAAAGCUGCGCUGAUGGAUAUCUUCCAAGUGCGACCAUCGUGGACACAUUCCGCUGCAAUCCUGACGGUAUUCUGACCUCCAUCUCCCACACAGUCUUGAAUUGCCGAGCGGCGACUUGCAACCUGACAGAUCUGACGUUUGUUGUGCCGGGCAUAGCGACCACUUGUGCUGGUGAGAUUGCGAUGAACACCAGCUGCUCCGCAUUUUGCUCUCCAGGCUUUACUUUGAAAGGUCCAGUACAACAUUGGAGUUGUACUGGGCCGGACAGUGAACUGCCAGCCUUGUACGGCAGCGACCAGGAGGUUACACUGCGGGGACAUUUUCCUGCUUGCUCGCCAAACACGUGCGCCUACAACAUCCCUUGGGAGAUCGCAUAUGACCACAACUGUUCGGCAGUACCGACUGGUUCCUUCUGCCUGGCUGCUUGCCGUGGAGAGAGCAACAGCAGCAUACUUCGUUGCUUCGAAGAUGGCGCGCUGCUAGGCGACAUGCCUCUUUGCCACAAGGUGCAGAGCUCGAGUGGAACCACCACCACGUCAAUGCAUACAACGACGAGCACGCAGUUCAACGUUCUUACAGGAAUGCUGGUGGUCCAAGCGAGUUCUCUGAGCAGCAUGGCGGAUCCAGAGGUCCGAGCAGGUUUGAUACGUGCACUGGCGCAACUUCUUCAAGUAGGCCCCGAAGUCCUGGAGCUGGCAGUCGAGCCGAUUCAGGGCAGUGCUGACCAAGCCGAACUUCAUUUCAGUUCAGCGGAGAGUUUGACCGCAAUGCAGCUGGACGAACUCCAGCGCAAGUCGUUUGCGGAGGUCAGAGAUGCCAUUGCGGCGGAGCUCGUGAACACGGAGGCUGGCAUAGAUGCUGUGGGUCCUCUGGUGGUGACCGUUCGCCUGCCAAAUGAGACCCUGGAAGUCAUCAUAGCUCCGCUGGGGGUAAGCCCUCCAGACACAUUGCCGUUAACAACUACGGUCAGUGCAUCAGCAAGCCUCUUGCUGUGCUGCUGUGCUUGCGCAGGAUGUUUCUGCAGACAACGAAUGCGCCAGGUCGCGGAGGGCAGCGGCUGCUCUUGUUUGUGUGCUGGUGCUUCCGAUGAUCAUGCCGCCUCGUCAGAAGUAGCCAGUGAUAUGCAGACAUCUGUUGGUGAGGCGACAUCGGACAGCUGGGACUGGGAAGAUGAAGGUGUCACGCGCACACUACCUCCAAGUCGAGAGGUGACUGCAGGUAUCUCUUCAUUGGUCAUGUCCGCUGCGGGGUCAGGAUGUCCAACACGUAGCCCUACCACCAAAGAUCUGCGAGACACAGCAAGCAACUAUGACACUGGGCUGGGAGUGCUACAUGGAGAACACGCUGAGGAUGCAAAUGCAACAGCCCAGAAGCUCGAGGCAUUGGUGCACGGCGUGGGUUUUGAGGAGCCUUUGGUUGAGAGGCUUGCAGAUGCAGGCAUCUACUUGCAGGAAUGGGAAGAGCGGGAUGGCGAUGAUGGCGAAGAUUGGACCCCAGAGUGCCGUUUGGCACUUGAAGAUGUCGGAGUGUACUAUGAUGAAGAGGCAAGCACUGAUCCCCAAGCAUGGGAUGGAAGGGCAGCCUCUGGAAAGGUGGGAAGGGCUAGCGUGGCCGAUUCCAAGCUGGCACGCUGCAUUGAUGAAGGUUUGUUCGAGGAUGCUGAAAGCACCUGUCGAGCCCAGGUUGCCGGGCAGUCAUUCAUGCUGAGAUGCAGAGGUGCACUUCUGUUUUUCUUGCACCUCGCAGCCGGGGUGGAGCGGCUGGAGCUGGAGUCGCCUGCCACUUUCGGCCGGGUGGACCAACGCUGUAGGCCGCUGAUCAAGUCGCACGGUUGCGGUACAGAGGGGCUCCCCGACGAGGACCUGCACGCUCUUCUCCAAAGCAGAAGCGGCCGAGACCAUCACAAUCGGGGCAACGCGUCGAAUGCGUCCAAUGUGUCGAUUGCAAGAGAAGCUGCUGUCCUGGUGAGCACUGAUGAGCACUACGUUGAACAUCGGGCCGCCGUGGAGAAGGGUGAAGCUCAAGUUUUGAGCUCCUCGGCCGCUGCCGCACGUAGCAUCGUCCUCAACGCUUUUUCCAACUUCCCAGACCGGGCAUUACUCGGCUUCAAGAUCAUGGUGAUCGUGCUCUUCGUUGAGAUGUUGUUUCUGCUCCUCCUUGACAUGCUCGUGGCGUCCUGGCUGGGCGUGGACUUCGCCUGCAAGCAGGUGAAGGUCACGAAGCGCAGUGAGGAGCUCUCCUUGCUUCAUAUCUGCGACGGCCUGCCAGGCAAGAUGUUGGACUUCGCUGGAAGCUUGGACGGACGGGGCUGCACUUACAUGGUUGGGGGCGUCUGCCUGCUCUUCAGCACCAUCGGCUUGGAGUACCUCCACAAUGAGUGGGAGAACAUGUUUUGGAACACCGUCACCAAGAAAGACGUCAGCAUGGUAAGGACAUGCGUUGUGUUUUUCGCCCUGCUGACUCUCGCUUGGUCCUUGAUUACAAGCUAUGCUACCUGGAUCCGCACUGCAAUCGAACUGCACUGGCGGACUUGCAUGACGGAGAAGCUUACAAAGAUGUGGCUGGAUAAGAAUGCUCACUUCUUGUUGCAGCUGCGCGAUGGCACGGACAUCGACAAUCCGGAUCAGCGAAUUCAGGAAGAUAUUGAGCACUUCACGGCGCAGACGGUCGAGCUCAUCUGGGAUGCACUGGAUCACGUGAAUUAUUUCAUCGUGUUUGCCUUCGUGGUUUUUACAAUGACUCCUCCAAGCUCGCCAUUCACACUGGGAGCGCACGUUCCUGGUUGGUUUUUGAUCUUUCUGACUUGUUGGUCAAUUUUCGGCUUGGCGUGCGCCCAUUACCUCGGAAAACAGAUGCUGCCGCUGAGCAUUCAGAGUGAGACCUGCGAAGCCAGGGUUCGGAAAGAUUUAUCCCACUGCAGUGAGCAUGCCGAAAGCAUUUCGGUAUAUGGGUCUGCCGGGCUGGAGCAGAGAAGGAUCAUGUCAUCUUUCGGACAACUGAAGCUCGUUCUGCACAACCACAUGCAAUUGCAAAAGCGCGUUGACAUCUUCAAGGCCAUGUUAGACUACGUUCAGUGGAUGCUUCCCAACUUCAUCUUGCUGCCCUGUCUUUUCCACCAACAAAUUGAUUUCGGAUCCUUCAUGCAGAUCUCAGGGGCCUCCAGCCAUGUCAUCAGCUGCCUCGCCUGGUUCGUUGACUCUUACGGUCUCAUUUGCGAUUGGCGGGCAUCUCUGAACCGAAUACUUGAGCUGGAAGAUGGUAUUGCUUCAGUCUGCCCGAGCGAAGCGUCGCCGUUGGUGGUUGCUCAGAGGAAGGCAGCGGUGCCCGCCUGCAGCAAUCCAUCCGACGGUUCUUUCUCUGCGCGUGUGGCAGAGGUCCGGUUGCCGGACGGUGAAAUUUUGUGGCGUGACGUGAACUUGCAUGUGCCUGCUGGCCAGCAUGUGCUGAUAUCUGGAGAAGAGGGCUGUGGCAAAAGCGUGCUGUUCAAGGUGUUUGCACGAGUUUGGCCGCACAUCCAGCUGUGCAGCCUGCAUAUGCCGGAUGAAGGCGAGGUCCUUUUCAUACCCCAGCAUCCAGUUCUGCCCAGACGUUGCACCCUGCGUUCGGCAGUUUGCUAUCCGCACCCUGAGGGCUCUUACGAUGAUAAGGCCAUCCUGGCAGCUCUCGAGCAGGUUUCACUCCAACGACUGCUAGAUGCAAAGAAGUUGUCGGAGAGCGUGGAAGAAGAGGAGGAAGAGGAGGAGGAGGAGGAGGAGGAGGACGAGGAAGAGGAUGAGGAAGAGGACGAGGAGGCAGAGGCGGCACAAGGCAAAGCAGAGGAGGAUGCUGGGGACGAAGAAGAGCUGCCGCAAGGCGAAGGUUUGGAUCGCGAAGACAACUGGAUGCUUCGCACCUCCCCUGGCAUGCGGCAGCGUCUGGCUCUUGCACAUGCUUUACUUCAAAAGCCGAAGAUGCUGUUCUUAGAUGAAUCAACCAGUAACAUGAGCAAAAGCAGCACGAUCAAGAUGUACGGAACUCUGACCCAGUCGCUCCCCCACACGACUGUCUUCAGCAUCUCCCACGAUGUGGAUACCUUAGCUGACUUUCACCACAUCCACUACUGCGCACAAGAAGGCACCGACUCGAGAGUCUUGGUGCUGGUGAAGCAUGCGGAGGUGCGAGUUUUGAAUACAGAAUCGGUAUCAGAAUCCCCUGUUUGA